AUGUCUGGUCCCGCCCCUGCAGACGGCACUGUCCCCCUGGACAUCAGCACUGGCCAACAGAUUGCCGAUGCCCAAGCCGCAUCACAGGCUCCGGACACCGCUGCUGCUCCUGCUUCUCCACCACCAGCUGAUGGCGGCGAUGACGAGCAUGCAAAGGGCAUUCACGGCCUGAAAAAGAAGGUCACCGGUAAGAAGGAGGAGCUGAAGGACAAGGCCCAUCCGCCCGGAGGUUAUGAUCCUACUCCUCUGCCCGACUUCCCUUCUGGCUGGACGGUCAAAUUUGUCUUCUCCCGCGCAGAAAACUUGCCAGCCGCCGAUCUCUCAACCCAGGCCUGCGACCCUUAUAUCCACGCUACCUUGACCGCUCCGAUUCCCAGGAGGCACAAGGAGGACCCUGCCCUGACUUGGAGGACGAGAACGAUCCGCACAACGUGCGAGCCAGUGUGGGACGAAGAAUGGAUUGUUGCAAAUGUUCCGGAAAGCGGCUUCAAACUCAAGUGCCGCCUCUUCGAUGAGGACUACCCCGACCAUGAUGAUCGCCUGGGCAACGUCACCUUCGAGACCAGCCAUAUCGGAGAAGGCUGGGGCCUCGGUCCAGAUGGCCAGUGGUUCGAUAUCAAGAAGCGCAUGGCCAGCAAGCGCGCAUACUUUUUCAAGGCUAUUACCAGCACCGUUGAGAAAGGUGGGUCCAUGACUGGGCGCCUCAACUUGAAGAUUGAGGUUCUCGGACCUUCCCAGGGUAAGGGCUCACAGAUGUACACCGUGGGGCCGUCGAUAUACUUCAAGCAUUUCAGCCCAUUGUUGGGCAGGUUGACGGGCAUCAAGGUCAACAAGGACGAGGCGCAGGAUGAAGUCGAAUAUGAUCCCAAGUCGGGAGAGAAGAGGAUCCAGAAAUACGACUUCCAAUCGAACGAGCUCCAGCUCUCAGGUCCCGUGCCAGAGCAUCUCUACCAUCGUUACGUGGAGUUCAGCUCCUGGGUUGGGAGCAUGUUCACUUCCACGGGUCUCCGUGGCAAGGUUUUGCACAAAGCCUUGCACAAGCAACACAACCGCAUCUACAGCUUCAGCCAGUCGACACAGUGGGGAUCGUUCCAGCCAUGCACUGAGGAAGCCUCCUUGGCUUUCCUUCGCAUGGCGCAUUUUGACGAGGGCGGUCGUGUCUUCACCUAUGUGCUCACCCUCGACGGGUUGCUGAGGUUUACCGAGACUGGCAAGGAAUUCGGGAUCGACUUCUUGUCCAAGCAUACCAUGCACUCUGACGUGGCAACCUACAUAGCUUGCUCCGGUGAAUUUUUCGUCCGCCGGCUCGCCAAGGCAGACGCCCCUGAGCACCAGGGCGAAGCCGAUCCUGGUGAGCCCACCCAUCCGUCUGAAGAUCUCGCCGGAGGCCCACCAAAUGAUCCACCGCCGGCCGACCCAAAGCAUUAUCAACUUGUUAUCGACAAUGACAGCGGUACAUACCGCCCGGACAAGAGCGUACUGCCGUUGCUCCGCGAAUUCCUUCAGCGUAACUUCCCUGGCCUAAGCGUGGUCGUGCUUCACUGGGAGGACGACGAAGACCAGAAACUCAAGGAGAAGCAGCGGCAGAUCAAGAAGAAGGAAGGCGGCACAGUCCAGCUGGUGCAAAACCGCAGUCCCGACUCGAGCAGUAUCAGCAGCAGCGACGAGAGCCGUCUGGACAGUGACGGCGAGUACGGGGGGCACAAGCACUGGAAGAGCAAGAAGGAGGCAGCGUGGGACAUUGUCGAGGACCCGCACAAACUGAGGGAUCUCAGCUUGGGCGGCAAGUCUAGUGAGAACGCGGCUGGGCAUCAGGCAGAGGCUUAG